AGAACCUUCUGAACUUUGAAGGGCGGCAAAUAGGACUGUGACGUAAUAGUGUGGAUGGACCUAGGAGUUGCAUAGGCGGUCAUUUCAGUAAUUUAUCCGCACCACGUUCGGCACAUCUAGCUCUCUCUGACAAAUCAACUGGUGUUUCAUGAUGAAAAGAUUCAACAGAAAGGAUUUCAAGCAGUGUGAACUAAAGCCAGUCGAAAAAGAAUUAUCGAAACCUUUGCCAGGAGUCCCUAUUCAUUUUAACUAUGGAGUGUUUUUUGAUGAUGGUUACGACUACAUGCAACAUCUCAAAUCUGCUGAUAAUAAAGAGGCCUACACUAUAUCUGUAAUACCUGAAGAUUGUGUCAGCAAUGCUUCUAGUCAUUCUGACUCAUCUGAAAUACGUGAACCUGAAGUUGAUUACGAUGAACAUAUUAUAAGUGACCUUAAUAUGGAUUCAGAAGCAGAGUCUUUCGACACGGAAAGUGAAUUAGAGGAUAACUUUGUAGAGCUUGCAGGUGGUCACAGUGUAAAAUCUUCAGAAACCGAUAGUGAUGAUGCUAAAGUGGCUGGGGAAAGCAAUCCAUUGAAUGCAAAGGCAACAAAAACAGAUAUCUCAAGGGUUUCUAAAGAUAAAGUCGCGCUCAUGGAACGUUUUCUUUACGGUGCGAAUGAAAAUUCAGGAGACAUCACAAUUUCGAGCUCCGGUCAAUUUACCAAGGGUUAUGGAAUCGAUGACUACUCAGAUGACUCAACCUCCUUGAAUAAAGAGUUCGAAAAGUUAAUGUUACGAUACAAAUCCCGGUCAAGUUGCAGUCAGUCUUUAGUCUCUGGAACGUCAGUGAUGAGCGAAGGCUUGAAAUAUGCUCUUGGUCGUGACAUAGCAAUCGCUAAGGAAGGAGUAAAACAAGAUCAUACGGAUUUUGAUGAUGAUCUAAAAGCCAUAACAAUAAAAAAAUGCUUCGAAUUGAAUGGAGUGGAUCAAGACGAAGACAGUGGAAGCAAUUCUACAUAUGACGGAGAAAACACUGAACGAAUGACCAUUUCAUACUCUAACAGUAAUUCGAACUUAAAUGUUAUGAAGCACAACCAUCUAACAAUGCCCAGUUCUAGUAAGACAAAAAAGAAGUUAUCCACGAAGGAAGGUUCUCAAAACAACGAUGGUAUUAUGGAAUUUCCAAAACCGCUAGACCCUGGGUUACUUAUGAGAGAAAAGGGAGAGUCUUUGGAACAAAAGCGCUUACGUAAAGCCGCUAUCAAGGAACACCGUCAACUGCGACGAAAGAUACGUAAAAUCAACCAGUUGAACUUCCGUCAGGAGAAAGAGAGACAAAUAAAAAACAGUAUGCAAACAAUGAUAGUUCACUAGCUAAAGUUACUGAAAGAUUUGAUUGUACAGAAUAAAUCACUAAAAUCAUCACAUAAAUUUUUAUUGAAAUAUAGUUACACAAACCUCAGUUGCAGCUACUCUAUAUUUUAAAAUCUUGAAGCAAAAAUCCUCGGCUACUUUUUGUUUAGCUCUACAUUUUGAAACACUCAAUGAUAAAUAG